UCUCUUUCUCAUUCUCAUUCACUUUUUUUUUAUCUCUCUGAUAUUGCCUUCUUACCCACGCUUUCAGAACUCGAGUUUAGGUCCGAUCACAAUGACUACAUACAACGAGGACAAGAUGUGGUCGAAUCUCUAUGCAUUGGCGAAAGUCGCCGCUAUGUUGUAUGAUGAUGAGACAGCGGCGAAACUCUUUGACUUCACGGAUAUCAUGAGUACGGAGUUUGAUGAAGAAGCUGUAGAAGAUCGUGCAAAGAUGGGAACAACGCCUUCGACCAUGACACAAAAUCUUAAUGAGGUUUCUACUUCCUUAUCGCUCCUUGACAUUGGCGCUGAUCCCGUGACGCAAACCCCACAAAACCCGCCAGCUUCUUUAACUAUACUCGUCGAUGAAAUCUUGGCUGAUUCUGAGAUGAUCGAGAAUGAAGCCGACUCACCAAACCCUAAUUCCAAAUCUUCGCGCCUAACAGAAUAGCUCGUCCCUUUUUAAUCGGAGAAAGUUGUGUGUUUGUUUUUAGACUAUGACUAUAGAUUGGUUUGUGGAGGUUUUUUUUUGUCUAGUUAACUGCUCCGAAUUCUAGGUUUUUCUUUACCUUUUGUUGUUUAUGAUUUCGUUACCACGAAUUGAUGAAAAGUUCUGACAUGGAUAUGUUUUGUGUUGUGUUAACAGUUUAAGUUUCUAGUUUCACUUUUCGUCUAUA